UGACAGUGAUGAGACCGAUGUUAAAAGCGGAGCCAUUUACAGAUACACCAUGUACACGUCACUACGGUUCAUGGUCGUCUGAUGAAGGUCACCACGUAAUGUUUGAAGAGUCGGUGGUCUUUUUUGUCGAGACGACCCUCCAAUCAGUUGAAUCCAAGACCCGUAUUUUGCUUUAAAGCCUUGUUUGGACUUGGACCAUCCGCCCUGCUGGCCGUAAUAGGAUUAAGUACAACAAACAACUGUUUCAUUUUUGACAUCAAGCAAGGGUAGAAGGGUACAAGGGUAGACAUUAUGGCAGCUUCUAAGCCAUUGAUGAGUUUGUUUGACAACCGGGACCGCUACUUCAAGGCGUAUGAGACUUUCCUUGUGUAUUCUGCCAAGUACGAACAUCAGGACACUUGGACCAAGACAGUGCUACUCGACAAGAUCGUCCCUCAUCUCCCAAACUUAAACCAAGACAAUGAGCUCCGUGUCUUAGGAGUAGGCAGUGGAUCUGGGGAAGUGGAGUUUCCAUUUUUGACCGCACUACUGAAGAAAUGUCCUAUCAUCACUAACCGUGUAGUUGAACCAGAUGAAGAUCAAAUUAUAAAGUACAAGGCAUUGGUUCAAACCAAGGGACACGAACUACUAGGUGUGAAGUUUGACUGGCGACAGCAAACCCUUGAACAAUACAGAGAUACUGACGGAGUUGGAACCAAGUUUCAUUUCAUCAGCGCUAUUCACUCCCUGUACGACGUGGAUGACAUAGAAAGUUCCUUGAUGUAUCUGUACGAUCUACUGGAACCUGGUGGCAUAAUGAUUUCGAUUCUCUUAUCAGACCAAUGUGGCUUGUGGAAGUUUAGGUCUCGUAUGCCCGACAUGUUGAAACAUGGUCUGCGUGAGUCUAGCUUAGCUGAUCUGCUUAGCUCGUUCGAUCGCCAUGACAUCCCUUAUGCCCUGAGUCGAUACACUUCUGAAAUGGAUAUCACCAAAUGCUUUGACGAGACAUCUGAGGACGGGGAUCUCUUGCUUGAUUUCUGUCUUCAAGUGAGCGAAUUCAAGAAGACGGCAUCAGCGACCAAGUAUAAGGAGGUGAUAGAGCAUAUGGCCAGCAGUGAGUGCUCUAAGAAAGACGGGAGAAAAAUCCUCAUGAGUAAUGAUUGGGAGGCAGUUAUCGUUACGAAGCCGUCUAAUUAAAGGCCCUGUACACGUUUGCUAAUUGUCAAAGACCAGUGUUCUCACUUGGUGUAUCCCACCGUAAGCAUAAAAUAACA